AUGAUUGUAAACAUUAUUAUUUCUACGACCCACCACGCUCGACAAUCGGUCAGACCAAGGUUCUUUUUUUUUUUUUGCUACGUCGCCUACGCUUGUUCCAUUUCUGGAAAUGAAGCCCAUAUUUCUCUCUCGUCCAAUUUCAUCUCUAUUUUUCUCUUUCUUUCUUUCUUUCUUUCUUUCUUUCGAUUCGUUCCUUCCUUUCUUUUAAUCAUUUCCUUUCUUCUUUCUUUCUGUUUUCAAUUCCUUUCUUUCUUUCUUUCUUUCUUUCUUUAUAUCUUCAUUUGCUUCUUUAUUUGUUUCUUUAUUGUUUGUUACCAUCUUUUCUCUUUAUUUCGUUCUUUCUUUUGUCUUUUAUUUUUAUUUUUCGCUCCUUCCCCACCCUCUCUCUCUCUCUCUCUCUCUCUCUUUCUUUCUUUCUCUUCUUUUCCUUUCCUCUGCAUUCUUUUUCUUUCUUUCUUUCUUUUCUUUUCUUUUCUUCUAUUCUUUUCUUUUUCUUCUUUUCCUUUCCUCUGCCUUUUUCCUUUUCACUGCCUUUUUUUCCUCUGCCUUUUCCUUUUUUCUUUUCCUUUUACACAUUUUUUUCGUCUUUCCUUUCUUUUCGUGUGCCUUUACUCUUUUUUUUCCUUUUCUUUCUUUCUUUCUUUCCUUCAGUCUGUCUUUUCUUUUCCUUUUUUUCUUCUUUUUUCUUUUUCUUUUUUUUCAUUUUUUUUUUUCACCUUUGUUUUUCCUUUCUUUCUUUCUUUCUUUCUUUCUUUCAUUCUUUUCUUCUUUCCUUUCCUUUCCAUUGUUUUCUCACCUUUUUACUUUCUUUCUUUCUUUUUUCUUUUUUCUUUUCUUUCCUUUUCCUUUCCUUUUCUUUCCUGUUCUUUAGUUUAUUUUUUUCCUCUUUUUUACUUUCUUUGCUUUCCUGUUUUAGUUUUUUUCACUCCUUUUACUUGUUACUCGUUUUUUUCUUUCUUUCUUUCUCUCUUUCUUUCUUUUCCUUUUUUCUUUCGCAUCUACUAA